UUUUUACUUUACUUUUCACACCCUGCUCCCUCAAUCCCCUUCUAAUCCUCCCAUUUAAAAGAAAAAUGAAAGUGGCAACUCUUCUGGCAGCUGCCCUUGCCGCCUUGGCUGGAGGUGCCUCUGGCAAGAAAUUUUCGCCCGUGUAUAUGGAACCACCCUAUAACUGGGUGCCAGGCUCCGAUAUAUCGCCGGCUCGCAUCCUCUACGGGCAUAGUGAAGCCUACCGCCAGUACCCCUGGUACAAAUGGGUAGAUCUUAUGAAAAAACAAUGUAACGGAUAUCCAUCUUGCACAUCGCUUGUUGUCUAUUCUGCGAUUCCCCAGAAUCCCGAACAGCCGCGGCGAUGGUUCGGCUAUUUAUUUGGCGGUGGUGGGAUAGUUCCUAGAGAUCUUGAGAGGCAAGAGGACCCAAGUUUCAAUGUUCGGGAUUCUGCAGCAUUUAAUGCAUAUGACUAAGCCCUAUUUAAAUCUAAAGUGGUUAAUUUUAAUAUCAAUCGAAUAUUUAUGACAAUGCUUGGCCUUGAAUCUACGUUGUGUUAACUUAAAUAAUAGAUAAAAAUAUCUAGAUGUGAAAGUUUUGGAGGAGAUCCCAGGGCCAAUUCCAUUUUAACUACUUCUUUGUCUUUUUGACUUACAUACACGGGCGAAGCUAGGUGGUAGGUUGCACAAACAAGAUCUCUCGUCUGUUGAGUGAGCGAUAUGGACAUAUAGCCCAGAUGAAGUUGGUGUGUACUCCCGUACGGAGUAUAGUAUGGUAUGAUAACUACUAGUUACGGGGUUGGUUGUUGUGUCGACUUCGGCCCGAAAAAAGACACACCCG